AUGAUCCGCUCGCAUCUUAUUGUUGUCGAUGAGUUUGCAUCCGCCGCCGAAUCUCUCCGCGUCACACCUGUGCAGGAGAGGAGGUCAAGUGCCUACUUGACAAAGUAUGAGAUGGUGCGCGUGCUUGGGGAAAGAGCACGCCAGACUGUGAAUGGCAGCUCUGUUUUUUUGAGUAGCCGAAGCCGUGUAAAUGAACGAAGCGCGUUGGAAUUGGCAGAGCGGUGUUCUGACCCUUAUUCAUCUUCGGUGGACCCUAUUUUUAUUGCGAAGAUGGAUUUGCUGCAGGGGAGGAUAUCAAUGAUUGUUCAACGGACUUGGCCUAAUGGAAAAAUAGAAAACAUUCCCGUGUCAGAAUUGCUAAUUGAUAAGACCAUGCUUAAUAUGCAAGCGUAA